UGAUUUUCUUCCGUUUAGCUAUAUGGUGUUGACCUGAUAGGCGGUAUGCACUGGGAGAAAUCGUCACCAGCGGCAGGGGGCAGAUCCAGACCGUACCAAGGGGUUCGAGUCCGGGACCCGGUCAAAGAGCUGCUGAGGAGGAAGAGGAGUCUGGAGCUGCACAGCACCAAGACAGCAUCACACACUGGGGAUGUGGUCGCCCACAACAACCAGUCAUCGUAUCCAACAGGUACAUGCCUCACCUGCAUUUUUUGCUCCGAUGCUGCCAGCGGUUCUCCUGCUGAGCCGCCGGCUGCAGCUGGUGACGGAGGGCUGCAGUGCUCGGGGUGGAAAGCUGCACCUUCCGUCUCCAGCGCCGGGCUGCAGCCUGCUGUGAUGCCCUGGUCUCCGUCUGACUACAACCAGCAGGACCCCUCAGCUCAGACUCUGGCCUACCCAGCCGCCCCCACACUCACUGCUGAUGUGUACAUGCAGACUCUGUGCCCCAGCUACACCAUGCUGACCUACACACACACACCACUGCUGACAAACUUUGGGACCAUACCAGUGGGCCCAGGCCCAGCCUCCCUCCCUCAGAUGGAGCUCCCAGACUCAGGGUUGACCUACCUUCCCUGGGCCCAGCCCCUCACCACCAUAUCUACCAUGCCCAAUCCAGGGGUCCAGUUUGCCCCAGGUUCUGCAGCCCUGCCCGGGUCACCUCUGGUCCACAUGCCUUUGUCCAUGUCUUUGACCACCAUGUUCCCACAGCUGGAGGCCCAGGGUGCGGACCCUCAGCCGCAGAUCCUGGACCUCCCACAGCAUUCAGACCACCAGCUGGACCCUGAACCACAGGGUCAGUCUCUGAAUGAAGAUCCAGAGGUGGAGUCGGAAUCACCAAACCUACUGGAUAAACUUCUGGAGGAUCACAAGGAACAUGGUGAGGAGGAGGAGAAAGACUCAUACAGCAGCUCAAUCUUCAUACCCAGCGUCUGAAAACACGAGUGUUCAUUUUAUCUAUAGGGAGAACGGUUGUCUACUUCUUGUUUUUCUCAGGGAACAUGUUCUUACACACCUUUCUUGCAUCCGUUUUGACUUGAUAAGCACGGAUAUUCUUUCUAUCAUUAAUAACUGCUGACUCACAGUAUGCUGAAGAGUUAACAUCAAACGUCUGUUAUUAUGCAUACUGGAUCACUUGGUAAGGAGGCUUAAAUAAAAGAUAAGUCCAGUUUAUUUUAGCCUGAGUUUUAUUUUUGCAAUAGUAACUUUCAAAAUCAAUGCUGAAUUACUGAUGGAGGCAGAAGGCCGCCCUCCCUGAGUUCUGUCUGAGGUUUUGUGUUUCGUCUCACUGUCACAAAGUCCUUGCUCGAUUUUUUUUGGUUUCACUGUUUAAAAUUUGUCAGCUUUUUACCUUACUGUGUGAAGUGUUACGGUGUGACAUAUGUUGUGAAUUAGCGCUAUAUAAAUAAAUCCAGGAGUGUUGGGGGAGGUCAGUAGGAAACAACAAGUCACUUUGUUCCUGAUACCAUCUAAUGUAGGUUCCCUGAUUUGUUUGAUAAAUAGUUUACAACAAACUCUAAUGAAGUUGUAGGCACAUGUAAAGACAUUUCUAAACAUUAAUGGCCACAACUACAAAAAUAAGAACAGCGAUGGAAUAAACUACAGUUAUCCAUUAAUGUUAUUAGUUAUUUACACUUUGUGCUUUUUCUUGCAAUGACAGCCAAUGUGUAAUAUUAUUGUUUCUGAUGCAUUUAGGAUGUAGUAAAAUGUAAAGCCACCUA